AGCUGGGAGCCGGAGCUCACACGGCUCAGCUCCCUAGGCCACACUCUUUGGCCCUGCCGUGCUGAGUAGGAGUGCCCAAUCUGGUUUCCCUGAGAAGCCAAGGACUGCUGUUCCAGUUUCGUGGAGAUUGACGUCCGCUGACAAAGCAGCUUGAUUACUUCAGUACCUCAACCUCCUCUGACUCCUUUCUGGUGACCGCUCCUCCAGGCUGAGAGUGGACCUGCUGGGGCCUAAGAGGCCGACUACCUUAGGACCUGCAAAGGCCUGACCUGUUGGGCCAGCCUGCACAUUGGCUGACUACCCUCACCAAACUUCUAAUGGCAAACCUGUUCAGUGUGCUUCUGAGAGUCCGCUGAGGAAUGAUGGGAAGUUUGCCCAGCAGAGGGAAAAACUCCAGCCCAAGCUCUAGCUCCAGCUCCAGCUCCUCUGGUCCAGGCCAGGAGCCCAUGUCCAUACAAGCAGAAAGACACAAGGUCACAGCUGUGGCCCUGGGCAGUUUCCCAGCAGGUGAGCAGGCUGGACUAUCUGUGAGACUUGGGGAGCCACUGACCAUCAUCUCUGAAGAUGGAGAUUGGUGGACAGUCCAGUCGGAAGUCUCGGGCAGAGAGUAUCAGAUCCCCAGUGUGUAUGUGGCUAAAGUCUCCCAUGAGUGGCUGUACGAGGGCCUGAGCCGGGAGAAAGCUGAAGAAUUGCUCUUGUUACCUGGGAACUCCGGAGGGGCCUUCCUCAUCAGGGAGAGCCAGACCAGGAGAGGCUGCUAUUCCCUGUCCAUUCGACUCAGCCGCCCCGCAUCUUGGGACCGGAUCAGACACUACAGGAUACAGCGUCUUGACAAUGGCUGGCUGUACAUCUCACCUCGCCUCACCUUCCCCUCACUCCAUGCCCUGGUGGAGCAUUACUCUGAGCUAGCGGAUGGCAUCUGCUGUGCCCUCAGGGAGCCCUGUGUCCUGCAGAAGCUUGGGCUACUACCUGGCAAAGACACACCUCUACCUGUGACUGUGCCAACAUCAUCACUGAAUUGGAAAAAGCUGGACAGCAGCCUCCUGUUUUUGGAAGCACCUGCCAGAGGGGAGGCAUCUCUUCUCAGUGAGGGGCUCAGAGAAUCCCUCAGUUCCUACAUCAGCCUGACAGAGGAGAACUCUCUGGAUGACGCCUAGUCCUGAAGCAGAAAGCUAAAAAGAACCAAGACUGUGGCCCUACACCUCCAACUCCGCUGACCCUGACAAAGCUCCCAGGAGGCUGUGAAAGCAGAGACGGCUGGGGCAGGGGCACAGACACACUCAGGGCCUCACCUGGACCUUCUGAUAAGUCAUCUCCUUCCAAGGCCUCAUCCCUGCCUACAAUUUCUAGUCCAUGUGCAGCGCAGUUCAAAGCAGGGCUGGGUCUCUACAGAGAAUAAAAUACUUCUGAGGUCUGAUAAGUCACUUCCUGAGAGAAAUGUCUAGUAUAACAGCUAAUCAGCCCUUCUAAAAGGCAGAGAGAUCAUCACUACCAUGGAGAGAAAAAAUACUAGGAAAAUUCACAAAUCUUGUUCAGAAUACAAACACAUCUCAGAUAGUAGGAUGGCUCAGAAAGCAAAGACAAAAGGAACACUUGAUGGCUUUACUGCAAUAGACUCCACCUAACUCCCACACAAGGGGAAGACUGACAAUCCAGAACUUCCCAUGAUCUCCCAUCAAGUCCUUUCAGCCAAGCUCAGUGUUAGCCAAACACACCAGGUCCUCCCCAUACCCCAGUCUUGCCACCUGGUGGUCAAACACAUAAUGACACCCUUAAAUCUCAUAUCUAGACCAGUCACCUAUCUCAGUACUGACUGGGUCAGGACAUCAGGUGGUGGACCCUCUCUGAAAUGCCAAAACCAAGGCAAUAACCUUCACCAACUCCAGCCAAAAGAGAAAGUCUGGCUGCUACUGCUGCUGUGAGAGGAGAGGGAGGAGGGAGGGAAGCGGGGACUAUGCUAAACACUGCUACUAGGUUCUGAGGGUGUAUGGUCAGUAGGUAAGCAAGACUUUAGUUUACCAGGCAUGCUAACACACUCUCAGUUAAAGAUUUGUUUAUUCAAGUAUCUGAAAACAUCCUACAAUGGAAACUUAUUAGAUGGCUGCUUGUAUUUUAUCAUGGACCACACACGUGGUGUUUUCAGAAGACUUGAGAUGCAGUGAUGGUUUAAAAACUGUACACCUGACGGAGAACCAAGGAAGACAAUGUUUCAUCCGGAUCCAGAGGCGCAUCAAUUCAACAGCAGCUCCACUUGGCAAACAGCUGUUACAUGAUGGUAUCCAAGAAAAAAUAGUUGACAAUGGAUAAAUUCAGAAAGGCUUCCCCAAAGGCAGAUGGUUCUUUGAAAAGUUUUACAACCCUUGCAGAAAACACUGAUGUCCAACACGCUGAUUCUAAUUUCAGGAGACGAGGGUCUUCUUGGUUCCACACGGCAGGAGUGCCCCAAUAAGCUUGUAUCUGUGCUGUAAUAAAAGGGUCCUUUGGACUGGACAGAAGAGAUGGGAGCAAAUGCCAUCAGUCAUAGUGGAUGGCAGUGUAAAAGAUGAUCCAAAUGACCUAUGGGAGACACAAGUAACAUUAAUGUCGUCACCUGGAUCAACACAGGCUCCUCCCCUGCAUAAAGAUGGCAAUGUAUAAGUCUGAGGUCUUUAGGACGCUCAUAAAGGAUAAUUAUUAUUAAUCCCAAAAUAUCAAAGAAAAGGUCUGUUCCCAUGGUCACUUACUUCCCAUCUCUCUCUUUAGGUACUGGCAACCACAAACCUACUUUCUGUGUAUUCUGUAUUUUACUAAGGAGAACCAUGUAGCUGGUUAUAUCUAGAGUCUUCCAUGACUUGGCAUAAUGUUUUCAAGGUUCACCUAUACUGCAGGACCACAGACAAUUAUCAUCUUACUGUAUGCAUAGAAGAUAUUUUACACUUCAGAUGACAGCCAUGUGAGUGGUUACUUUCCCCUAUUUGAAUAAUGGAUAUAUUUCAUACACA